UGGGAGGUUUGCCUGCCGUUUCAGCCUCCUUCCUCCACACGUAACGCAGCGCCGCCGCCGUGCCCGUGCCGGCGGCGUUUGCUUGCUCUGCUCUCCAUGCAAUUAGGCAGAUAUCACUGAGCUCCUCCCCGCCCGUGUUCGCGCCUGCAAUGCCAGCCUCGCCGUCCCCGCCCACUCGCUGCUUCUAUGCUCCACGCCGCACGGAGGCGGACACCGCCGCUCCCUGCCAGGCUCGCCGCCGCCUUCUUCGCCGCCAAGCCCCAGCCCCAGCCGCCCGCCCUGUCGCCGCAGAUCGUCGAGGCCGCCGUAUCCCGCUGCCCUUCCGACGCCCUCGCGCUCUCCUUCUUCCUCUGGUGCGCCCGCCGCCCCGCCUACUUCCACCCGCCCUCGUCCUUCGACCGCGUCCUCCCUGCCGCCACGCGCCUCGCGUCCCGCCUCGCGUCCCGCCUCGGCACCGCCCCCGCGCUCCUCCGCGAGCUCCAGAGCCUCGGCUGCCCCAUCAGGCCCCACACCUUCCUGCUCCUGCUCAGGCUCUACUGGCGCGGCGGCCUGUACCCGCUCGUGCUCCACCUGUUCGACGAAAUGCCCCGCUGGGGCUUCCACCACAACGCCUUCGCGCGCAAUGUCGUCCUCGACGUACUGCUCAGGACCGGCUGCGUCGAUGAUGCGUUGCGCUUCGUGCAGGGCAACCCGUCGCCCAACUACCUCACCUAUGCCAUUGUCCUGACUCAUCUCUCCAGAGCCAGGGAUUGGUCAGGGUUGCGCGUCUGUUUCACAGCUAUGCUGAGCCAAGGUUUUCUCCCCAGCGCCACUUCUCUCGCCUCGGUCUUUGCCUGUUGCAGUAAGGCUGGUACCAUGGCCGAGCUACAACAGCUGCUGUCCUAUGCGCUUGUCUCGGGCCAGCAGCUCAGUCCGGCCAUGUGGACGUGUCUCAUCGCUCGUAUGUGCAGUGAGGGAAGGCUAGAUGAGGCCUGUAAAACUCUUGGAAAUAUGGUGCGUUCUGGCUCUUCACCAACAGUGGUGACUUACACACCGCUUGUCAGAGGUCUCUUCCGAGCUGGGAGGCAUGACAUUGCCAGUGAGCUGCUGGGAUCCAUGGCAUCCGACGGUUGCACCCCAGACCUUGUUAUGUAUAAUGUUCUGAUGGACUGCAUGAUGAGGGAGAGGAGGUACGAUGAGGCCAUAGACAUCUACCUACAUCUUCAUGGGAGCCAGAUAAAGCCGGAUGCAUACACUUUGUCUACUUUGGUUCAGGUAUUGCAGUUGUCACGGAACAUAGAUCUUCUCCCUAGGUUAAUCCUGGGCUUGGAUAUCUCUUAUGAUCUUGUGGCUUGCAAUUCUAUGCUGAGUGCUCUGUGCAAGUCAGGGUUUCCAUCCGAAGCCCUUCACUUCUACAUCGAUAUGAUUGGUUUGGGCAUCAGGCCAGACAGCUACAGUUAUGUUGGAUUGUUGGAUAGUUUGUGUCACUUGGGAAGGAUAGAUCAUGCAGUCAACCUCUACCGCAGUGUUGUCACAAGCAAUCCUGAUUCAGACGCCUACGUCCAUGCAGCCAUCCUCCGUGGCCUUGUUAGAAGGGGCCAGAACAUAAUGGCAUUUAGGAUUCUCAGGGAGGCUGUGCGUCAAAAUUAUGCACUUGAUACCGUGUGCUACACCAUUGUUCUGCAUGGUCUAUUCCGAGGUCAUUUUGUUCAAGAGGCUCGUGAUUUGUUUGACAAGAUGAAGGAUUCAGGAGUUGCUUCCAACACUUGUACAUACAAUGUAAUGCUUCGUGGACUGUGUAGAGCCAGGGAUAUGCUUGCAGUCACGCAGUUACUAACAGAAAUGGAAGGCGCCAAUGUUCACAUGGAUAGUACCUCAUUCAACGUGGUAGUUGUGCUCUUAGUCAAAUUGCAGCGCAUCAGUUCGGCAACAGCUUUGAUCAGAGAAAUGCUCAAUCUAGGCAUGAAACUUAACACCAAAACUUGCUGGUUACUUUCUCAAUCAAUUGGUCAUAGAUUCGUUUUGGAGGAUUCUAUCAGUGCUGAAAGUGAUGUGUCUGACUCAACAUGCGAUCUGCUUGUAUGCUCAGCUUCAUAGUCUACUUUUCGAUGGAACAAGCAUGCUGUUUAUGGUAUCUCCACUUUUGUGAUGUAAUUGAUACAAAAUAUAAAAUACUGAAGGCUGGAGAAAUUCUAAAUGAAUUUCUACCACGCAGAGAUCCUUGCUAUAACAUUUUCCCUUGGAAGCGCCCAACAAAAAUUACCAUAAUUAUUGAAGAGAUGUUUACCUCGUAGAUGCAGGUUGGUGAGACAUGUGCAGUUUGAUUUAACACCGAGAAUGAGGCAGUCUGUUUUUGUCAAUAUUGGAUCUUUCCAUGAAACAAUGCUGAUGUACUAUAUUUCAAGAGGCUUACACCUAAAUGAUUUUGCAAUGCCGCCCAUGGACUAGAUUUGAAAGAAAUUUCAGAAUGUGGUUCAUAGAGUGCCCUUUUGGCCUGCUAGGGAACCCAAUAUUGUACUGUUGUCUUCAGCAAUCAGUAUGUGAAUCCAACAAGAGCUAUGAAGCUUCAGCAUGAAUUGGGUCAAGGGAAAGAGAAUGACCCGCCUAACUGUUGAUUGGCAGCUGUCGAUGGAGGAUUGAUUGCAAUCCAGAGCAAUGAAAUAGUGAUGGAAACUAAUCCAGCCCAGACAUACACAAUGGUGGGUGUCCUGCCUCUCCUGCCCAUGAGCCCCUUUGCAAAUGGAUAUAAAUGGGCAAGCACCCAGAAGCUGAAAAACACUCCACCAAGAAGCUUGCUCCAUUGCGGGAUUGUGCUGUAAAUUGUGCGGCUGAAGCCAACAGCAAUGGCAACAAGGUUCACCAUGAUGAUGGUGAGAGGUGGUAUCAUCAGUGAAGUCCACUUUACUUCGUAGAGUUCUGCAAAUUCAUCAUCGAUAUCGUCACCCACCUGCUUUGAUGUGAGUGUGAAUGAGAUCUCAAUCCCUGCAACAACUUUCAGUAGACCUUGCAUCACAGCAGCUAGGUGAGCACUAGUUCCACCAAUAAGCCAGAAUUGUUCAUUUCGCCACCACUCUUCCAGUGCAAUUCCAGACCACUUGAUCUCCAGCAUGGCCAGGAGACAAAGCGUGACGGUGAUGAUAAGUAGGUAUGUCAGGAAGGUGACAUUGAGUGUUUGCACAAUGAACUGCCCUGAGAAAAGGGAGAGUGCUGGAAGGAAGCAGUAGACAAUGAGGAAGAUGGAUGUGAAGGGAUAUAUGCCAACAUUGAGGUAUGCAAUCCUUUGUAGUACCUGUGAACCAAAAAUGGUUUGUCAUAUUUUUGGUGAGUCUACUUUAGUAAGGGAUAGAAAUAGAAAGUCUAGAGGGGCAUAUACCUUCAUUUUGGAGCUGGCAAACAAUGCAUUGUUCCGAGAGAAAAAGAUCUCGACAGAACCAGUAGCCCACCGAAGCACCUGGUGAAGACGAUCUGUGAGAUUGAUAGGGGCAGUGCCGCGGAAGGCAUCACGCUGUGUGACACAGUACACUGACUUCCAUCCACGAUUAUGCAUGCGGUACCCUGUCACAACAUCCUCAGUGACAGAUCCAUAGAUCCACCCCACACGAGUGCCCCACUCUGUCUUCUCCUCAUACCAACAUGAAACUACACUGAUUGCUUCUGCCACAAUGGAUGCAUCCAGUAUUUCACGUGGAAUUGUUAGAGCACCAGGUGGACGCCCAUUCUUGACAGAUGGAUGGUCAGCCAAGGGCCUUCCCUGGAACUCUGCUACUGGGAUGGAGUCAAUCAGAAAGCUGGAAUUUCCAAACUUCUUCGGGAAUGUGGCGAGGUUCAUGCUGUCCCCGUCAAAAUCACCCAUACGGAGAGCCAUUGUCUCCUCGGGAUUAGCAUUGGAAGCAGAUGCCUUGCGGCGUCGUGGGAGGCAGCAACCACAAAAGCCUGGGCUGUGAUCCUUGGAACGAGGUGGGUCAAAGCCAUAUAGGGCGAUUCGCCGGAAGAGGCACCCAGUGCCGACAUACACUGGUCCUUGCAGACCAUCAAGAGCACGCAUGUUUAUAUCAAAGAAAACAGUAUUGUGGUUAGCAUACCGGUCAGAAGGGUCAAUGCCUUCAAACCUCUGAGGGAACUGCACAUAGCAGAGUCGGUCACCACCACGGUCCAUCAUGAAGCACAUGCCCUCCCUGAAGGCCUUUGAGUUGUAAACGUAGUGAUCACAGUCCAGAUUAAGAAUGAAGGGACCAUUGGACAUGAUGGCUGAUGCACGAACCAAUGCAUUCAUGGCACCUGCUUUCUUGUUGUGAUCAUAUCCCGGACGUUUCUCACGUGACAUGUACACCAGCAUUGGAAGUCUUGUAUCCACUCCUGAAAAGUCAAGAGGUGACUUUUCAAUGUUCCCAUACAUUGGCAUGUCACUUGGUGGUUUCAGCAUAACCUGUGAUAUAGAAGAAACAUGUAAAUAACUAGGUCUAGACCAAAAAUUGUGUUCACACGAUCGUCAUCAAAUCAGUACCUGUAUGAUUCCUGCAUGAUCACCACGUGCAUGAUCUUGUGACGGAUGAAUCCAUGUACCGGGCCAGUGAGUGCUAUCAGCCAUCCAUGUUGCCUUGGGAAUCUUCACUGGCUCAAAUUGCUCAUCGCCUCCAGCCUUGAUCUUUUCCCUUUGAAGAUUCAUUGCCUGGAUUUCCUCACGGGCAUGGUAUGCAUCAGAGCGGCGCCUGAUGGAAUCUGGCAAGCCAUUAACGCGGACCUUGAACUCAUCAUACUCACGCUUGAUCCUUCUCCUGUCCUUUACAAAGUCAGCCUUCACCUUAUUCUUGAAAGGAUCUCUCUUCAGGUUGAAGUAGCUGUCCGGGUUCCUGGGUUCAAUGUCAUGCUUCCUGCAGAAUGGCACCCAGAAAUUAGCAAAGCUUGCUGCCUCAGCCAUCGCCUCGAAGGUCAGCAGUGCCCCUCCAUCAUCUGACACAUAACAUGCAAGCUUAUCGACAGGGUAGUCAACUGCAAGGAUUGAGAGAAUUGUGUUUGCUGUGACCAGGACCGGCUCCUUUUCUGGAUCAGCAGUUGACACAAAGAUAUCAAUUCCAGGGAGAUCAGAUUUGCCUGUUGGAUUGCUCGGCGUUGGUGUCUCAAACUUUUCUUUAAGCACAGAGAGAUCUGUAGCACGGUUGAUAGGGCAAAGCUUUGGAAGCUGGUCCAACACCCAUGACAAUGCGAACCAGAGCUCACAAACAAUUGACAUUCCCCAGAGCCAGAUGGCAUCAUCAUUUUGAUGCUUGAUACGCCACAUGAGGAAGAAGGCCAGUGCAACCAAGCGGAUGAGGACAAGGAGCCUGCAUGCAAGAGACAGUUCAGACAAGAGGAUGGUAUCACAAAAAAGCAAUGCACCUAGGUGUUGUCAUGUACUCCCUCCAUUCCAGAAUAUAAGGUAACAGUAAUGGCACAUGUUUUUAAGGAAAAAAGAUGGCACCUGUAAGGACUGAUGACAGCAGCUGGAAUCUGGAGCUUGCGGGUGAGUGGCCGCCAUGGUUUAGACAUGAGCUCCUUGGGGUGCCCUGGUACUCCAUUUCUGCCAUCAUCGUCCACAUUGUCGUCUGGCCAAAUGGCAUUACCAUAGCCAUAUGUCCCCUUGGUCUCAAAGAGCCAGCGGUUAUGGUCAAACUCACCGGACUGGUUGUUCAUAGUGCCCUGCUUCACCAACGAAAGACGCCUCUCCAUCUUGCCCCCUGGCCCAUGUGGCAGCGAGAGAGCCCGUGUCAGCUCAUUGCUGGAGUUGGAGAGGACUUCUUCCCACUCGGUGUGCUUGUAAAGCUCUUUGCACCCGGGGCAGACACCGCCGCCACCCUUGACGGCGUCGGUGAAGCAGUCGACGCAGAUUUUGAAGUCACACUCACAGGGGAGGAUGUCCUCCCCACGGCCGUUGCGCAUGAUCUUGCUGUCGCAUCCCUCGACCAUGCAGAUGGAGCCCUUGGGGCCAGAUCGACCCAUGUCGGAGUCAGGGCCCUGCUUGUCCAUGACAUGGGCACGGGUGACGCUGUUGAAGCCGCCGGUGAAGAGCGAGCUGGAGACGUAUUGCUCGUCGGCCUUGGUGCCGUCCUCCUCCAUGGGCUGGUUGUCAGGCGUCAUGGGGAUGUGGACAUGGUAGUCCUGGAAGUCGACGCUGCUGAUCUCUGAGUCGAGGUCGUCGCGCGAGUAGCUGAUGAAGCGCCCAGACUCGGUUCGCCGCCCAAAGACCACCUGCGGCGCCGAUGUUGGUGCCGUCGGUGGCUUGCUGGGGCCGUGCGGCGGCACGCGGCUGGAGCCGCUGUUCUUGAGGAUUCCCUUGGACCCCAUGGCCUCCUCCGUAUGUGCUCUUCACUGUUGACUCUUCUUCCUCGUGAUGUUGUUCCUAUGCUGUUAUCUUGUGGCUGAUCUGCAGGAUGAAUAAUAUGCCGAAACAAAGGAAAACAUUGACAUUAGUCUCGCUGUAGGCCAAGACAUAUUUGGAAAGCACAGCAUAUAGGAAAUCAAAUCGUAAUCGGCAGAUCAUAACAAGCAAUAAACGCAGCCUGGGUGACGCAAAAACGAAAUUCAAAUGGAUGCAUGCAGGUUGUUUCCCUCUUUUUUUUCCUCCAGGAAAAGGGGGAGAAUAAAUGGCAAGAGUAUUUUGCUUGGUAAGGAAAGGAAAAUGAUGAAUCAGUAGAUUACAUAGAGGGUGCAUGCAAUCAGGAAGGCUGAUUGGGAAUGUAGAACGAGAGUAAAGGAAGGUUACCUUUGCCUCCUCAUCUGUUGUGGUGCGGCAAUGGCGAUGGAAUGGGAAGAAAGGUACUGGGGAGGUUCACGGCCAUGGCCAUGGCUGUAUUUGAAUGGUUCCAUCCAAUCAGCCAACCGGAGUGGAAUCGAAGAGGUGCGUCAAUACUGGGGAGGCGCCAAGGAGAGGGGCGCACGACUACUCGGUGCUCAUGCAUGAUGCAUACAUUCAUACUACUACUACAUGCGAUGCAAUCAUCAGUCCCGUUCAUACCGAUAGGGCCCAAGUCGUGCAGUGAAAACUGAGUCAACCCCCCCCAACACACGGUGGGUAGCUUCGCGCAACAAACGUCCAGGCUCGUGGUCGCUACUCCGACUCCUCACUGACAUCACACACCCUGCAAUCCAACUCCUCACUGACAUCGUGCUCGCUACUCCUCACCAAUUACUCUUUCAUGACCAUAUAUCAAUCAAUGCAUCGUGCUCGCUACUCCGACUCCUCACUGACAUCACACACCCUGCAAUCCAACCGCCAAAUUCCAUUCAUGGACAAAUACGUAGAAAGGAAGAUAUGUAUAAAUAGAUUCAUUUCGAUACGCUGUACAUGCAAAUCAUGCAAUUUCAUGCCUGUCAUGAUUCUUUUUUCUGGUGUCUACAUUAUUUUUCCUGUGCCA